GCCGGCAGUUUUGUAAAAUUGUUUGGAGCGGACGAAAUACCACAAAAUGCCGUUAAAGAGCCUGAGUGUUCUGCUGCCGGGCCUGAAGUGGCUUAAUGGCUAUACGGCUCAGGAUGCCGUGGCCGAUUUGAUAGCUGGCAUUACGGUGGGUCUAACGGUGCUGCCCCAAGGAUUGGCCUAUGCCACGUUGGCUGGCUUGGAGCCACAGUAUGGCUUGUACUCGGCAUUUGUGGGUGGGAUUGUGUAUGCGCUUUUGGGCAGCUGUCGCCAGGUAACAAUUGGGCCGACAGCGUUGCUGGCGCUGAUGACCAGUCGGCAUACGGGCUUUGGACUGGAGUCGGGACCCGCCUAUGGUAUACUCUUGUGCCUCAUCUCAGGCGUGGUGGAGCUGGCAAUGGCUGUGCUGAAUCUGGGCGUUCUGGUCGAUCUCAUUUCGUUGCCCGUAACUGUGGGCUUCACGUCUGCGACGGCCGUCAUUAUUGGCACCUCACAGCUAAAGGGUCUGUUGGGUUUGCGCGGUGGCUCUGGCUCCGAUUUCCUUAAUACCAUGCGCUCGGUUUUCGGCAAUCUGCAACAGGUGCGUCAUGGUGAUCUAACACUCGGACUCGUCUCCAUUCUUGUGCUGCUCCUGCUGCGCAAACUGAAAAACUUGAAUGUGGCGAAUCGAGUGAAGAACUUGCGGGCUCAGCAGCUGCUCAGUGGCAGCAUUUGGGUCAUAUCCACUGGACGCAAUGCGCUCGUGGUGCUCGUCUCCAGCGUGCUCGCCUACAGCCAGUGCAAGCAGCUGGACGCAUGUCCAUUCAUUCUCACGGGCAAGGUGAAGAGCGGUUUGCCCAAUGUGGCGUUGCCAAAAUUCGAGACCAGCAUUCUGGGCAAGAAUGGAACCGUGGUGCAGCAGGGAUUUGAGCAAAUGCUCUCGGAACUGGGACCAUCGAUGCUGAUAUUACCCAUUAUUGCGGUGCUUGGCAAUGUGGCCAUUUCGAAGGCAUUCGGCGGCGUUGGGCUGAGUCCGACGCGGGAGCUGGUUGCGCUCUCGUUGAGCAACAUUUGCGGCUCCUUCUGCAGCUCGAUGCCGGUGACGGGUUCAUUUUCGCGCAGCGCCGUAAAUCAUGCGAGUGGCGUUCGCACACCCAUCGGUGGCUGCUACACCAGUGUGCUGGUGCUGCUCGCCUUGGGCCUACUCGCCCCCUACUUUCAAUACAUUCCCAAGGCGGCGCUCAGUGCUGUCAUCAUUUCGGCUGUGAUAUUUAUGAUUGAGUUCGAGGUGAUUCGGCCGUUGUGGCGCUGCAGCCGGCGUGAACUGUUACCCGGCGCCAUUACCUUUGUCAUGAGCCUGGCCGUGGGCGUUGAAAUUGGCCUGUUGCUGGGCGUUGGCGCCGAUGUGUCCUUCCUCGUCUAUCGUGCAGCGCGUCCUGUGCUAAGCGUGUCCAAGCUACAGACAAUCAAUGGCAUUAACUAUAUUUUGAUACGACCCAAGCACAGUUCUCUAUAUUUUCCGGCCAUCGAGUGGGUUCGAUCCAGCAUCUCGAAGGCGCUCUCCACUCAUGGCACAGCACCGGUUGUCCUGGACUGCGCUCAUGUUCAUGAUUUCGAUUUCACUGCCGCACGUGGAAUGGGCUCUUUGCACAAGGAGCUGGCCAAGGCAAAUGUGCCGCUAUUUCUGAUGAGUGCUCACAAGGACAUUAAAGUCAUACUGAAAGAGUCGACAAACAUUGAUUUUCCCACGAUAGAAUGCGCAAACGAUUUGGAAUGCAUUUUGGAACAAACACCGGACUAUGAGCUGCAUUUGCAGGUGACAGCGCCGCUUGUGGAGUCAAAAAUGCUGCAGAACGUUGAUGCAACAGCAACCGAACUGACUAAGCUAAACUGACUGCAACAAGUACGUGGACCUGUCGGAGCAAUUGCUAGCUACCCAAAAUGGAAUUGUAUGCGAGCAUUCAGCAUCAAUGCACAAUUAGCUUAAGUUGAUCGAAUACUCCCAACUUUAAGACCCAACUAUUUUUGUAACAAUCCUUAAGUAUUUCAGAUCUGUCCUAGCUACGAUUUUUACGUUUGCAGCGUGUUUUAAAUGGUGAUAUAUGUUUAUGAUCUUGGCCAGUUGAUAUAGUCAUUUCUGUCUGACCCUCUAUCCGUCUCUUGUCUGGUUCAGCUUAAUUGUUUUUGUUUUGGAAAUAUUUUAGCUAAACUCACUACUUAGAAAUUUUAUUUUACUUCCAAGACUUUUUAGUAUAGUUUCCAUCCGUCCGAUAUAAAAACAUAUAUUUGUUUAAGGCGCUAU